AUUAAAUCCUUUAUAAUCAUUACCACCCUCAAGCUUCCUUCCCUAUAUUGAAAAAUGGGAAAUAAUUUGCUUCUUCUAAUCACUGCCGCAAUUCUCUUGCUCCAUUGCUUGAGAUGUUCGGCAACUGUUUACACCGUCGGCGACAGCUCCGGCUGGGAUAUCAGCACCAACAUCGACUCGUGGUCGAACGACAAGACUUUCUCUACCGGCGAUACUUUAUUGUUCCAGUACUCACAGUACCACUCGGUCAGUGAGGUGACCGAGGGGAACUACCAGGGGUGCAACACGACCAACGUGCUACAAUCGAGUAGCAAUGGGAACACAACAUUCGCCUUGACCAGCCCAGGCGAGCGCUACUUCAUCUGUGGCAACAGGCUACAUUGCCUCGGCGGGAUGAAACUCCACGUCCACGUUGUCGAGAACCAGACCGUGCCCGGGCCCGUUGGAGCACCAUCGGCGCAGCCAGGUGGAUCCCUACCGCCCAGAUAUGGCUGUAAUGGACUCGAAACACACCGACCCGUUAUCCUUCCACUGCCGAGAGCGGGAAGUAUUCGCUGCUCUGUGAAGCCAGCCUGACGCAGUACCCACCACUCUACGGACCAAGAAGUCCAUGCCUUCGCACAAGGCCCAUGGCCCAACUCCCAGCUUGGAACGGGCAGGUCAGAAUCAGCAUUUCAAAGCCCAGCCACAUUUAGUUGGGCCCAACAUUCAACCACUCUAUAGCCCCCACUUGGGUUACAAGCUCACGUUGCUGAGCUCGGCAACAGUAUCACUAUUUGAACCUAUUAUAUA